GGUCCUCUGUUUGAAACUGAAAGCGAGCGAGGGGAGAACUCCCGUGUUUUUUAGUAGGUUUUGCUGUUAUCUACUAGAAUACAACUACUUAAGACAAGGAACAAAACAAUAAGCGCAACAAUUCUUUCACAAUUUUGGUGUCACGGACAAGAAUCCUUGGGACCCUGCUGGGAGUGACUGGGAAUCUCUUCCCCUAAAGAUACUGAGAGCCGACUGGGGACUCUUUCACCUAGGAAGAGCGUGUCUGGGACUGGGGAUUCUCCGGCACAUUCCUCUUACAGAUGUCUGCUUCAAUCCCAAAGAAGGGUCUGGGUCCAGGUAUGCCUGUCAUGCCCCCUCAACAGCAGCAGCAGCCGCAGGCACACAUGCCCCCUGGCCUUGGCCCUGCGCAGCCGGGCAUGCCUCCACAAGGUGCCCUACGGGAAAUCUCUCCCGUCUACCUGUGUCGCAUCGGUCAGGAGACUGUCCAGGACAUUGUCACACGCACAAUGGAGAUCUUCCAGAUCGCACGAGCCACUCAGCUGCCCAAUGGUGUGACGCAGAGCCAGGCAGCAUAUCAGGACCGCUUUGGGAAACUGCAGGAGCAUCUGCGGCAGCUGACACUGCUCUUCCGUAAGCUGCGUCUGCUGUAUGAGCGCUGUGUAGAGAUGACAACCGACCUCCAAGAGUCUCCAGCUGAACUGGUUCCUUAUAUGGGAGAGGAGAUUGCUCCUGUGAGGGUGGAGCCAUGCAGCCCAGCGAUUAUUCAGGAAAGACAGGAAGUUUUAGAGAAAGUGAGGCAGAAGAACCAGGAGAUGAAGGUGCUAAUGGACCAGAUGAGGAACCUGCUGUGGGACGUCAAUGCCAUGCUCACCAUGCGAAAAUGACAGUAAUACCCUUCUGACCAGCUUCUGUCAAUUCUUCUUAUUUCAUCUUCCUACACAAGUACUGGUGCUCUCACACAGGCAGCAAAGAAUAAUAGAUUGUCUUUUGUUCACUGGUGGUGCUAGUCACAUAAUAUUUCAUCUUGACGAAUGAGAUCAGACUUAGCAGCUCUUUGUGGUCUUGCCUCAUUUACAGUGUUAAAUCCCAAAGCACUGAUAAUUACUGCUUUAUCAAAGCACUGAAUGAGGAUCAGUUUGAGCAAAAUGGCAGUAAUGUUAAGUCAUUUUGUUGGCAUGAUAAAUGAGCAGCACAGACCUAUUUAUUUUAAAUUAUAGUGCUUACAGUAUAGGCCUUUGUGUAUUGAUCUGUGUGAUGUGUUUCACACUCUUGGUCCUCAGCAGAUACAUAUUCAGGAUGGUGUGUGUUUAGAUUGAGUGUGAUUGCAGUUUCUCUGAGUUCUGUAUUACACUUCUGAUUCUUCUUUCUGGGUGAGGGAACAUUAAACAAGUAUCUAAUGAAUUGUAGGGUUGUAAUUUUUUUUAGUUUUAGUUUUUUUGUAAACUAAAGUUUAAU